GCCGCCCUCUCGCCCGCACCUCUGCGGGGCUCGCACGUGGUAGCGGCGGUCUGCUCACGACAGUGAGUGGGCUCUUCACGCUAUCCACUGCGCCGCGGCUACGCCGCGCCCUAUCCAAGCCCAGGGCUUGGUUCGCCGAUAACCGCAUCUCGCUCUGCGCAUCUCUGAGGCUACCCGCGCGCCGACUGCUACGCGCGCGGCGAGAGGCGCACCCCCAUCGGGGACAGGAUUGAGGCCCCUGUACAUGCUCGGCAACGCCGCCGUCGCUGCCCUCCCGAGUCCUCAACAUGAUGCCGCACAUGCGCAACCCAUUCUGCGCACACGCCGCAGGGAGGAGUUUUCACUCCACCGACCGAGUUUCUCCUUCCUGCAGGGCGAGAGACAUCAGCCUCUCUACUUCCAGGAGAACAUCUACGCCACACGCUAUCCCGACGGUCCACAACCCACACUCUCGCUGCAGUCGAUCCAGCCCUCGCACUCCCCACUGGAGAUCUAGCGAGGCCCCCCAGGCUGGGACAGGAUUGGAGCCCCUGUGCUGCGUCUGUGGUGAUAUUUGGGGGACACUUUCUCCUCCCUAUUCAUGUCAGUCACUCGACUGCGUCGAGGGGGGGGACGUCUGAACCACAGCGUGUCCCGACUCGACUGCCGGCGUCCCAGUCCGGGGGUGUUUCUCUUCUUAUCCGUUACCAUGUAGAGC